GUUCGUCAUUGCUUUUUAUUGGAAUGCUAGAUAAUUUUUUUUGCUGCCGCAAUCUCGUGUAAGCUGAGCGUUCCAAGCUAGAUGUGGUUCACGUCCAAGUCCAUUUUACGAUCGGUGAUCAAUUAAAAAUGAUUAAUUUACAUCAAUGCGGUGGACGGUGCAUUUAAAUGUUCAAUGAUGUGUGAGCUAAAUGAAGAGCACGUGUCUAUGGUUUUGUAAUAGGUAAUAAAACGCUUAAUAGUCUGUCAGGCACUAAAAAUUAUUCCUGAGUGGUGACAAAAAUGUCUUGUCAUGCGUCAAAUGUAUGGGCCCGCGGUCAAGCUAUACAUCUAAACUAGCUAACAGCCAACAAUGGAAACCCUCUUCAAUGCUAUGAGCCGGAAGAAACCCAAUGACGACGACGGCAGCCAUUCGAAGCUGGCACGCGUGUUGACACUGCUGGACCUAACGGGUCUUGGUGUUGGCAGUACGCUUGGAUUGGGAGCGUACGUUCUCGCUGGAUCAGUUGCAUACGAACAAGCCGGCCCGGGAGUAGUGGUUUCAUUUGUGAUUGCAGCGCUUGCUGCAGCGAUUGCCGGUCUUUGCUAUGCCGAAUUUGCCGCACGUGUUCCGAAAGCUGGAUCGGCCUACAUUUACACGUAUAUCACAAUCGGGGAGUUUGCCGCGUUUACCAUCGGGUGGAACUUGAUGCUGGAGUACAUAAUUGGAACGGCCAGUGUGGCACGUGGACUAAGCGGUUAUAUAGAUGCAUUAAUUGAUUACCGGAUAGCGGGUGCCAUGCGGAACAUUUGGGAGAUUCGUGUGAGCUUUUUGGGAUCGUAUCCCGAUGUGUUUUCAUUUAUGGUGGUUCUCACUAUCACUGCGCUAUUAGCCUACGGCGUGAAAGAGUCCACCAUCUUGAAUAACGUUUUCACUGGUGUCAAUCUGCUGGUUAUCGCUGUAGUUCUUAUAUCUGUUGGAACGAAAGCCGACCCAAUCAACUGGAACAUAAAGCCAGAGGAUAUUCCCUCUGAUAUACAUGCUGGUGUCGGGGGAUUCUUACCGUACGGGAUAGCAGGAGUGAUGGCAGGAGCUGCUAAGUGUUUCUAUGGUUAUGUAGGAUUUGACUGCAUCGCUACUACCGGAGAGGAAGCUCGGAAUCCUUCGAAGAACAUUCCACUGGCUAUCAUCUUCUCUCUUUUGAUCAUUUUUCUGUCGUAUUCUGGUGUCGCAACGGUUCUGACGAUGGCUUUGCCAUACUAUCUGCAAGAUCCAAUAGCGCCGUUCCCAAACCUUUUCGAUUGGCUUGGAUGGCAGGAGAUCAAAUGGAUCGUAUCGAUAGGCGCAAUUUUUUCACUAUGCACUAAUUCGUUGGGAGCCAUGUUUCCGUUGCCUCGUGUACUCUAUGCCAUGGCAUCCGAUGGGAUUAUGUUCCAAGGGCUGCGUCGAGUGAAUCCCAAAACCAAGACACCUAUUUUGGCUACAAUUAUUUCUGGGCUGGUGUCUGGAACCAUGGCAUUACUCUUCGAUCUACAGCAAUUGAUCGAUAUGAUGUCCAUCGGGACGUUGCUAGCAUACACAAUCGUUGCUGUAAGUGUCAUGGUCCUGAGAUAUGACAAGCAAGACAACUUUCAAACUACAAGCCAGGACAAAUCGAUAAUCAUGAAACAGUUAUUCAAUUUGAACAUUGCCAAGAAGCCGAACUCUCUCACAUCAAAAAUAGUCAAAGUUUGUCUGCUUGUGUACGCAAUGGCGGUUUGCGGAAUCAGCGCUUUACUCGUGCACGGCCAGGACUACCUUUCCGCUCAGCAUCCGCUGGUUUUGACUGUCCUAGCGGCACUUUCCAUGUCGAUGUUGAUUUUUUACUUCGUAAUAGCUUGUCAACCCAUCGAUGAGACCAAACUUACCUUUCAAGUGCCUUUCGUACCGUUCGUGCCAAUGUUAAGCAUGUUUGUGAACAUCUAUCUGAUGUUCCAGUUAGACGCCGCUACGUGGAUCAGCUUUUCCCUAUGGCUAUCAGUAGGUUUUCUGAUUUACUUCACCUACGGGAUCCGGCACUCCGCUCUGGCUUCUCGAAGUCGAAGUCCCACAUUUUCCGAAAGUCAGCUGGAAAAUCCAUUUGCUACGGCCGGAGUAGAGAAAGUGUAGUGAAUAACCAGCUGCAUCGCCAUACGAACUCGCACUCUAGUCAGUUUUCAUUCCGGGCUUAGAAAUUAGAUUUAGUGAGAUAUGAUUCAGAGUUGGUUUCUGUGAUUUUUUUUACAUUCAUAUUCAAAGAUAGACCAACUUUUAGUUGAUAUUCUCAUUGACAAAAAGGAAACUUAAACAAUCACACAUAGUACAGAAAAGAUGAAAUAUUUAUUCUUUGUGAUGUGACGAUGAUAGCAUUCAAUAAACCACACAAGUAAGACACGAA